AUGCUCUUGGGAGACUUAGUCAACCAAGGGAAACCAGGACUUCUUCCACGAGGCAAAUCACUUUUUAACCUUGGCGAUAUCAAGCCACAAGAUCCUUCACCAACAAUUCAGCCAAAAAAGGAACCAACAACAGUUGCAGAUUUAGAUCUUCCUCCCCUCUUCGAUGAUGAGGACGAUUUUCUGAAAAAUUUAUCAAAUGAAGAGAAGCCUGCCCCUGAACCUCAAGAAAAUACAGAAAUUCAAAGGCCUCUAGAAAAUGUUUCAAGAAUUCCACCACGAUUAUUAUUAUCUUCAAAUAUUCGACCAAGUGCUUCACAUAACUCUAUUUUAAGUCCAGAUUUUACAGCGUCAUUAUCACAAAAUUCAAAUAAUUCUCAAAAUGACCAAAUUGACGACAUUUUUUCAACUCCAAUUCCUUCUCCAGAUACGAUAUCAGCACCAGAAAAGCAAGAAGAAUAUAUCCCUCCAAGAUUCGAAACUAAAGUUGUUCCAGACCAACCUAUUCCACCAAGAUUUGAAAGAAAACUAAUUCAAGAGGAACCACAAACAAUACAAAACUCUCAAAUUAUUGAACAACCACCUCUUGACAUCCAAAAUAAGCCAUCCGUUGUUAAAGAACAACCUAAAAUACCUAUAAAUGAUCCAAUUACUCGUUUUGAGUGCAAUCUAACCAAAUCUUUGGAAAGAUCUCUCAAUAAUGCUAAAAGAAGUAUCAUUCGUGAUACAACAACGUACAUCAGAUAUACAGAUUCUGUUGAACAAAAUGUAUUUGAUAAUUUUAUUAACGACCUUGUUCAUGAAAUCAAUGAUUUUGUUCCUUCAAAGGAAGCGCAACAUCCAGAUGUUAAAAAUUUACCACCAAAACUCGCUAAUUUACUUGAAGAAGGCUUGAAACCAAUUCGAGAUAAUUUAGAUGAGAAUAAGAAGAAGACAAUUCAGAUCAGAAACAAGCAAAAACAAGAUUACCAAGAUAUAUGCAAAUCAUUAGAUAUCUUAAAUAAAACAAUUUCUGAAAUUACAUCUUCAACAUUAAAUGAAUUAGAUAAAGCGCGUCUUAAUAUCCAAAGAGAAACAGAUAAUCACAUCAAUAUGGCCAGAACACUAGAAAGACAGCAAAGAUCAUUGAAAUUAAGGGCUUCUGAUUAUGAAAAUCGUCUUCAACAACAAACUAUUGAACUAGAAUCAAUAGAAAGGCUUCUUAAACAGACAGAAGCAGCCGAAAAGGAACUUUCAGAGACAAAUAAGAAUAAUCGCGAAGCAAUUAAAAUGAAAAUACAAAAUAAGAUGGAUAAACUCUUUGAAAUCAUUGACAAUUCAGAAGAGGAUGACACUCUUAAUGCACAGGUAAAUGACUUAUCCAGAAAGACAGAUGAUAUGUGCGAAAAUAUCAGAGAAGACUUAAACCAAACUUUUAUGUUGAAUUAUGAAAUUCAAAACGCAUUUAGGCGAGCAUUGUAUGCUAGCGAAAUGCAGUAUGAACGUAGUAUGAAUGCCUCAGAUAUGGCUCAGUCCAUGAUUUCAGCUGCAGAAAGAAUUCAAGAGAAGAGAAGAAUAAGACAACUUCCAGUCAAUAAAGGUGCAGUUGAAAGAUUCCAUUUCAUGGUGGAAAAUGAACCAAUCGAGAAUUCAUAUUUAUAA